CUAUUUAUGAACAGGGGCCAGUACUUUGCAACUCCGCAAAAGGUCUUCUUGACUAUGUUGAACGUGGGGUUGAUUGUAAUUGCGACUGCUCUUUGCGCGCUAGGUCUAUGGUCAUCGGGCAGGUCGAUACAUGAGGAGGGAGGUCGCAACAGCUUCUCUUGUUCCUGAGAUUGCCCUUCCAUGGUCCCCUGGGUGAGCCAGACGAGGUAAGGUGCUUAUUUCUGUAGAACGCGAUGGUAUAAAAAUGGGAGAUACUUAUGGCGUUUUGUAAUACCGCUGGAGGAUCACGUCGGUGUGA